AUGAAGACUGAUCACGAACACGGUGUUCGUGUUCCACAUUUGAAACACAGUCAUGCGCAUGAAGAGGCGAUUCCCGGAACGGUGAACUUGCAAGCACAAGAGGGAGAUGAUACUGGUUAUGGCCAAGCUCUGUUUCCAGUGCCAGCGGACGACCCGAACGAUCCUUUACAAUGGCCCAAUUUCAAGAAGACCAUGAUUUUGAUUAUCUGUGCUGCAUACUCGUUCUUGGGCAAUUCGUCCUUGCUGGGACCUUCGGUUUACAUUGGCAUCUAUUCAGAGCUGUUUGGAAUAUCGCCUGCUACUGCAUCAGGGUUGAUCUCAUACCCUAAUUUGGCCUAUGGCUUUGGAUCUUUGGUCUUGGUUCCUGCGUAUCUCAAAUUUGGUCGUCGGCCUGUCAUGCUCGGUUCGAUUAUUUUCUUCGCGGCUGGACUUAUUGGUGCGUCCCAAUGUAACUCAUACGCCACUUUGAUGGCUUGCAGAGUCAUUGCUGCAUUUGGCUCUGGAGUCUGCGAAGCUCUCCCCGUUCAACUGGUCAACGACAUUUUCUUCCUGCACGAGCGAGGACAACGACUGGGUUACUAUACAGUUUGUCUUUGCUUGGGAGCCACGGGUCCGCUCUAUGCUGGUUACAUGCUUGCUGGCGGAUAUUCAUGGAGACUCUUUUUCUACGUGGAAUUUGCAUUUGCGUGUGCGUUGUUCAUUUUGGCCUUCUUCUUCGUGGAGGAGACAUGGUACCAACGAGACGAGAUGAAGGCCAGACUGGGAGCUGCGACGGAGUCUCCUGAGAAGGGCGUCGAUGCUGAAUUCCGCGAGGUCUCAUCUGCACCACCACCCAGGAAGUCUUUCAUCUCGACACUCAAGCCGUGGGGGGUGUAUGAUCGAGAGGCCCCGUUCUUCAUGACGGCAAUUCGAUCAUUUACCUACUUCCUUGUGCCCUCUGUGUUUUGGGUCGUGGCAACGUACGGUAUCUACAUCGGAUUGGGAGCGUUGGCAUUCAAUUACACUUUCCCCAUCAAGAUCGUCGCUCCUCCCUAUAAUUGGAGUCAGACGAACUCUGGUUUGAUUGCUGUCGGCAACGCCGUGGGCUACAUUCUUGCCGUACCAUUCACCACCUCGUCCGAUCGAUUAGCGGCGUAUUUGACAAAGAGGAACAACGGGAUCCGUGAAGCUGAAAUGCGUCUGGGAGUACUCCUUCCCGCGAUGCUCAUCGGUCCUGCUUCGUUGAUUGUGUACGGCUACACGGCCGAGAAGAACCUGCAUUGGUUUGGUUACUUUGCUGGGGUGGCCAUGUGCAAUUGGAGCGCUUACUUUUAUUUUACAUUCACUUUGGCCUAUGCUGUGGAUAGCUACACGGUGAACCUGUCCGAGAUGCUGAUUGCGAUGAAUUUGGGCAAGCAGGCAAUCUCAUUCGGAAUGGGCUUCGAGCUUCUGGACUGGAUUCUUGAGACAGGAUAUGUCAAUGUCAUCGCAGGAAUCUUCUGUGGUGUCCUGGCAGCGAAUGAUCUGGCUCUCCUGAUCUUCAUGUUCUUUGGAAAGAAGAUCCGCAUUGCGACGAGCAAGACUUGGUUGGCCAGUAUGCACAGAAAGACGCACGUGGCGGGAGAGUCGCAUUAA